UCCCUUCUAGACAUGACCCCUCUGCUGCUGUCACUGGCUCAGGAUCAGCUUGACUCGCAGCAAUCACUAUUUGAAUGAAGGUGUUGUCAAAGCAAAACUGAUUCUGCAACAGAUUGACUGUGAAGAGCGUUUUCACCUUGACACCGAACAUGGCGUCGGCGACGAAGUUUAUCCAGAGACUGAGGAAUUAUCUGUCAGGGCAAGAUCUCCAAUCAAAGCUACAACUUCGGUACACUGAAAUUGCAAAGAGGACUCAAUCACCACCCAAACUUCCUGUUGGACCCAGCCAUAAAUUUGCGAAUAACUACUAUUGUCAGAGAGAUGGACGCAGAGAGUCUGUCCCGCCAACUGUGGUCAUGUCUUCUCAGAAGGCCCUGACCGCUGGAAGUGGGGCUUCUGAAAAACCCAAACACCCUGUUGUGCCUGGGCCCCAGCUAAAGGAACUUCCAAUAAGUGUGGACUAGAUUUACGGUGUUAAAUGUGUGUUACUCUGAAUAAAAUUCUGUAUAUACAAGAAACCUA